AUGCUUUCUUGGGACUAAAAAACUGCUUCUUUCUUUCUACAAAAACACACGGAAAUGGAAACCAAAAAUUCAUUAGAGAAAAAUAAAAGAAUUAUGAGUCUUCUAAUCCAUCGCUUUCAGUGUUGAUUUCCAAAUACAAAUGGCUCUUCCUAGUAGACCCAUUGAAUGCUGAACCAGAUGCGGAUCAGACUCCAUUUAACACCCUCUUUAUUUCUCACCAUCUGCUGCGUUCUUCAGUAAAAAUCAUCAACCCCCUUCUACUCUUUCUGCUUUCGCCACUUGUCCCCUACUUUCUUGCUUUCCUACCCCUUUUAAGAGAUUUCCCCACCUCCACAUUUUUCUCUAUUUUGUAUAACAUAUUGUUUAAUUUUACCUAUUCAUGUCACUAAUUUAAUUGGCACUGCCUUGGUGCAGAGUGCUUAUAAGAGGACUACCAUCCUGCAUGCCCAGCAAGUGUUUGAUGAAUUGUCCGACUCAAAAUUGAGAUUCUUCUUUCUAAAUUCUUGCUUCUCUUUUUGAUUUUGGGUGUUGGGUUGGAGAAAAUGAGCUACGCUGGAAUCGGUAUUAGUCCUGGGAAUGUCCCUGUGUAUCAUGGCUCCAAUUUGAAGGUCUUUGAUAAGAGGGUGAGGGUGGUUGAAUUGGUGUUGAGGUUUGUGAUUUGUGGCCUUGGUGUUCUUGCUGCUGUUCUUGUGGGGACUGAUACUGAAGUUAGAACUAUAUUUGCCAUUCGAAAGAGGGCCAAAUUCACAGACAUGAAAGCUCUUGUGUUUUUAGUGGUAGCAAAUGCUGUAGCAGCGGCUUACUCUUUGGUGCAAGGAUUACGAUGUGUGGUGUGCAUGCUGAGGGGAAAAGUGCUCUUCAGCAAGCCUUUAGCUUGGAUCAUUUUCUCUGGCGAUCAGAUCAUGGCGUAUGUGACAGUGGCAGCAGUGGCAUCGGCAGCCCAGUCAGCAGUGUUCGGGAAGCUGGGGCAGCCUGAGUUGCAAUGGAUGAAAAUAUGCGAUCUGUACAAGAAGUUCUGCAACCAAGUAGGGGAGGGACUUGCAAGCGCAGUGGUGGUCAGCUUGAGCAUGGUGGUUCUAUCUUGCAUUUCAGCCUCCAGUCUCUUCCGCCUCUACAAUGGAGGCAAGAACAAGAGCAACUCAAGAUGGUAAGUCUUUAGAGUUCAUAAGAAAACAUUCCAACCUCCAUAGCCCGAUCGCCAAUCUGAGCUUUCUAUGAGGAAAUGUUGGGAUUUUCUAAAAGAAAUGUAUGUUAAAAGUGUUCAAUUCUCUUGAAAAACAAUGGUACAUCCUUCUUCAGUAAUAAAUUUACAAGUUGAGGCAUAAACUUGUAUUUAUGAAAA